AUGCUUGCCUCCUCCAGAACUGCUCUGCGCCAGGCCGCAACCAGGCCCCUCUCGUUCAGGACUGGAGUUAGGGCUGUCUCUGCUUGGGCCAAGGUCCCCGAAGGCCCACCUCUCCCAGGUAUCACCGAGGCGUACAAGGCGGACAGGAACCCCGAGAAAAUCAACCUCGGCGUCGGCGCAUACCGUGAUGACAGGGGCAAGCCUUACGUUCUGCCCUCCGUGAAGCAGGCCGAGAAGAAGCUCGUCGAGGGUGAUUUGGACAAGGAGUAUGCCGCCAUCACUGGCGGUCCUUCCUUCACCAAGGCUGCUCUUGAGCUCGCCUACGGACCCGACUCUGCACCCGUCAAGGAGGGCCGUGUGACCAUCACCCAGAGCAUCUCCGGAACUGGCGCCCUUCGCAUUGGUGGUGCGUUCCUCGAGCGCUUCUAUCCCGGCGACAAGACCAUCUACAUCCCCACGCCCUCAUGGGCCAACCACGCUGCCAUCUUCAAGGACUCCGGCUUGAAAGUCGAAAAGUAUCGUUACUACAACAAGGACACAAUUGGCCUGGACUUCGAUGGCUUGAUCUCUGAUCUCAAGUCCAUUCCCAAGGGCAGCAUUGUCCUUCUCCACGCCUGCGCACACAACCCCACCGGCGUUGACCCCACCCAGGAACAGUGGAAGAAGAUUGCUGAGGUCGUCAAGGAGAAGGAGCACUUGCCCUUCUUCGACAUGGCCUACCAGGGUUUCGCCAGCGGCGACACCAACAAGGACGCCUUUGCUCUCCGACACUUCAUCCAGGAGGGUCUUCGCCCCCUUCUGGCUCAGUCGUUCGCUAAGAACAUGGGUCUGUAUGGCGAGCGUGUCGGUGCCUUCUCCGUUGUCUGCGAAAGCGCCGAGGAGAAGAAGCGCGUGGAGUCCCAGAUCAAGAUCCUUAUCCGCCCGCUCUACUCCAACCCUCCGAUCCAUGGCGCUCGGAUUGCCUCGGAGAUCUUGAACGACCUUACACUUAAGAAGCAGUGGCUUGACGAGGUCAGGGGAAUGGCCAACCGCAUCAUCACCAUGCGCGCCCUCCUCAAGGAGAAUCUCGAAAAGCUCGGAAGCAAGCACGACUGGAGCCACAUCACCUCCCAGAUCGGUAUGUUCGCCUACACCGGACUGAAGCCUGAGCAGAUGGAGGUUCUGGCCAAAGAGCACUCUGUAUAUGCUACCAAGGACGGCAGAAUAUCAGUUGCCGGCAUCACCACCGGCAACGUCAAGCGUCUUGCCGAGGCCAUCUACAAGGUUACUGGUUAA